UGUUCACUUGGUAUUUGGUAUUGUAGUGAAGUUGGGACUUGGGAGCAGCAACCAUAGACUUGUGCAUUCUGCAUUGAAGGGAAGAGAAGAAGAGAAGAAAAGAAGAAGCAAGAACAAUGGGUUGGAUCGGAGAGACUAUGGAUUCCGUCAAAUCUCUUCAGAUCCGGCAGGUUCUCACUCAAGCCGUUAGCCUCGGCAUGAUUGUUACGUCUGCGUUGAUAAUAUGGAAGGCAUUGAUGUGCAUUACUGGCAGUGAAUCUCCUGUUGUUGUUGUUCUUUCUGGAAGCAUGGAACCAGGAUUCAAGCGGGGAGACAUUUUGUUCCUGCACAUGAGUAAAGAUCCAAUUCGUGCGGGGGAGAUUGUUGUGUUUAAUGUGGAUGGACGUGAGAUUCCAAUUGUUCACCGUGUAAUUAAGGUACAUGAAAGGGAGGAUACUGGUGAGGUUGAUGUUCUCACAAAAGGAGACAACAAUUAUGGGGAUGACAGGCUAUUGUAUGCUCAUGGUCAGCUUUGGCUGCAAAGGCACCACAUAAUGGGUAGAGCCGUUGGGUUUUUACCUUACGUGGGCUGGGUGACCAUUAUUAUGACUGAAAAGCCUAUUAUCAAGUAUAUUCUCAUUGGUGCUUUGGGGUUGCUCGUGAUAACUUCAAAAGAUUAAAUGAGAUUCUAAAAUCAAACUGCGGCCUAAACUCUGAUGGUAGUACGAGCAGAUGUCAUGCUUUUCUUGAUGGUGUCAUUUUGUACCAUUCAUAGUAUGGGGACUAUAUAAUGUUAAGAAUUAAUGCAAAAUAGUUGAAUUUUGAUAUUUACCUUGAUGAGUUGCCAUCUGAUUGAA